AUGACGCGGUGCACGACCGUUCGAUCGCCUCUGGAAGGUCUCACGGGUCGAACGAUCGAAAGAAUCUGUCACGUCGAAGCAAUUACACGCACUAACAAAGCGGUCAAGUCGAGUGUAAUCGUCACUUGUAACAACGUAUCUCAAGGGAGUCUUACUCGAAAUAAUGAAAGAAUCGAAGGAAGACAGGACAUCGCUCUCGGCCAGUUUUAUAAUGUGGCUCUA